AUGCUCUUUUUCAAUCCAAACAAGAUCAUGCGCACCAUGAUUGCACUUCUCUCCGUCCUCUUCCUCACCAUCUCUAUUGCCAACGCAGCCCCUGUCCCCGACAAUGAAGUUUCCACCAUCAAUGCUAGUGAUGGAGCGCUUUGCAGCUCCUCUAGAGUAGGCUAUUGUACGCUGGCUGUCACUGUCAGAACCGAAGCAAUCAAAGAUGGACUUCAGGAUUACGUUAGGGUUUUCGACAGUAUCUGCAAUGAAAUUGGAGGUGAUUGGCAAAAUUUCGAUAUCGAUUUGGCCAGUCAACUUCGAUUUAAGAUUAUUGGAACAUUUGCAUCUGGCCCCCACGACAGCCCAGAACGUCUUGAACCCAUGCCAUGUUUUUGCUAUGGAUCAAAAUUUGUAAAUUCCGAUGCGACGAAUGAGGAUGUUCGCUGA